CGUCUCUCCACUUAUCGUCCAACUGUACUGGUACCUUCAAUCGUGUUCCCAGGCAGAGCGGCACUUAUCUAUCUCCCCGACGUUUCUUGCCUGCCGUAUCGCUUGCCACCAUUAUUAGUCGGUCGCCCCACUUCUCCCGCUUCCCGACUCCUCCGCUCCUCCGCUCGAGAACCUGAGACUGAGACAUCGAGCCUUAUAAGCGAGACUGUGUCAUCCCGAGUCGGUUUUUGGCCUUUCUUCGGACUUCGCUCUGACGAACGGACCCCUCUUCUUCUGCGACCACCACCACCACCACCACCACCACUACCUUUGACACGUAUACCCUCACAAGUUGCUCUCCAGUGUCGAAUACCUCCCCAACCCCUACGCGUAACCCAUCUUCUUCACUCAUGUCCACUGCUACUGUCACUACGCACACUUCUUCUACUCCUCUUGACGUCGAGCUUGAAACUUCCCUGAAGCUCGGAGGUUCACCAGACUCUGACGCAGACACAGACUCCAUCCUAGCCGCCACCACCGAAUACCCAGACCUUUCGAUUCUCUCGGGUCCUGCGUUCAAGGACGCCAGAGCCGCAGCGCACGAUAAACAGCGGUCGAAGAAAGCUGGUGAUCGGGCGAAGGGACGGGGCUCGAAGCACGGCAUGGUGAAACCCUCUGGUUUGCACGCUCACGGUCAUGGUCACAACAUGAACGGAGAUCUGAAGGCGGAGGAGAGGAAGUAUGCUGCGUUGGGUGAGAGGGAGAAGGAGGUGGAGGCGGAUUGGUUGACGUUGAGGAAGGGCGCGGACGGGGAUUUGGAUGCGGUCGAUGUGCCGGUGCCGUCGUCGAGGUGUACGUGUGGGAGGGGACAUCGGGGGGAGGGGAAGGGUGAGGGUGGUAAGACGGAGGUGAGGUUGUUGGAUCUUGUGAGGCCUGCGAAGAGGCGCGGUGGGGUUCGUGAUGAUUUCGAAGUCGUCCCGCCUGUCAAAUCCGUCAUCGUCCUCGACGACCGACAGUGGCUCGAGGAUCGGGAGCCUCGUUUAGGCUUUGGCUUGGGAUUAGGGCUGGGAACGGACGAAGCUUGGGAGUAUGUCUCGAGUGAGGAGAGCGAACCCGAGGGCAAUGGUUCGGAUGGAGAGAGGAAGUCGUAUGCACAGGUUGUGGCGAAGAUCGACGGGAGGGCUUGAUUUUGGACGUUCGCGCGACGGGUCGGGUUGGAAUGAGAAGAGGAUGGGGAGAAGUUGAGCUGAGGGUUGAGGAUCGGAAUGGUUGGGAGGGGGACGUGGGUUAAGUUAUGAUUUAUACAGUAAGUAUCGUGGAAGGAUUCAGAUGGACGUGGGUCAUAGACGGUAGUAGUAUGCAUACCAUAUACUGGUGCUAAUUGGUACUUACCCCCUCAUAUUAUGACGCUCUGUAUUGUACAAUACGAAUGGACUUGGACUU